CCUCGGAGGGGCGGGAAGGCGAAGCGGAGGCCGCCGGGCCCUUUCGCGCUGGACACCUGCGAGCCGAGGGGGCGCGCGGCGGGGAGCAGAACCGGCCCCGGUGGCCGCUCGGCUCGGUGGAAGCGGAGGGGGCGCACCGCUCCUCCCACCGUCCCGUGAGGCGGCGCGUGCUCUCCCUGCAGCACCGGCGCCCGUAGCGCAGGCCGAGGGUCCGGCCGUGCCGAGGUGCCGUGGCAGCCGAUGCCCCCCGUGCUGUGGCGCUCGGCGGAUCCGGGAUGGACGCGAGCGAGCGCCGAGGCGGCAGCGCGGAGCGCGGCGCGGCCCGGGCCUCGGCUGCCUGGGCCGGGGCCGGGCGGGAGGCGGCGGCGGCGCCCCGGGGGGCUGCGGGCGCUCGGUGCGCGGCGUGCGCGGGAAGCGGCCCCGGCGGGACCGAGCUGCACAGCCCCGAGGCCGGCGGCGAAAAAGCCAACAGCGAGCAGCUGAAUUGGAGCCAGUCGCACAGAGAUAUGAUGAUGAUGAUCCAAGAAAUGAAAAGGUGUUUGCCUGAAGAGAAAAGGAUUUCUAACAAGCCCAGUACCAUCAGUGCUCUCAACUACGCCUUGCAGUGUGUCCAGCAGGUCCAAGCAAACAAUGACUUUUUCCAGGCUCUGAAUGACCGAAGAGCAUUUCAGGCAGAUGUGGUGACAUACAGCAUAGAAGAGUUGGUGGCAGUUGCAUCUGAACACACUCCAAAAAACACUGACAUGUUUGUGGCUGUAUUUUCUUUGCUGUCUGGACGCAUAGUGCAUAUUUCUGAGCAGGCAGCAUCUAUUCUGAACUGUAAGAAGAAAGUGUUGGACUCCUCCCGGUUUGUGGAGUUGCUUGUCCCUCAGGAUGUGAGUGUGUUCUACACACACACUGAUCAGUCUCACCUGCCCCUUUGGAACAUGGAAAGUCAAACAGCUUCUCCGUAUGAAUAUGCCCAGGUGAAAUCCUUUUUCUGCAGGAUCAAGGGUGGGAAAGAUCAAGAACAAGAAGCACGUUGUUACCCCUUCCGAAUCACCCCAUACUUGGUCCAUGUGUGCACUUCUGUCCAUGUGGAUGCAGAGUCCUGCUGCUUAGCUGUGGCUGAGAAAAUCCACUCUGGAUAUGAAGCUCCUCGAAUUCCUAUGGAUAAAAGAAUAUUCACCACCACACACACCCCUGGAUGUGUUUUUCUGGACAUAGAUGACAGAGCAGUGCCUUUGUUGGGUUACUUACCUCAGGAUUUAAUUGGAACAUCCAUACUGAUGUAUUUGCACCCAGAAGAUCGUCCUUUGAUGAUCACUGUUCACCGGAAAAUACUGAAAUUUGCUGGCCAGCCCCCUUUUGAACAUUUACCUAUUAGAUUUUGUACUCAAAAUGGGGAUUAUGUCAUACUGGACACCAGCUGGUCCAGUUUUGUGAAUCCUUGGAGCAGGAAAGUUGUGUUCAUCAUUGGCCGACACAAAGUCCGGACAAGCCCUCUGAAUGAAGAUGUCUUUGCCCCAAGAAGUAAAGAAACGAGCAGCGUGGAGAAAGAGAUAAGAGAAUUACAAGGACAAAUUUACAAACUGCUUCUGCAGCCAGUUCACAGCAAUGUUUCCAGUGGUUAUGGAAGCCUUGGAAGCAGUGGCUCUUAUGAGCACUACAUCAGCAUAGCAUCUUCAAGUGACUCCAAUGGGAACUGUGCAGAGGAAACACAGGAACCAAUGACAUUGCAACAAGUUUGUGCAGAUGUCAACCGAAUAAAGAACCUGGGGCAGCAGCUGUACAUUGCAUCGAGGAGCAAGCCACAGAAUGCAAGUGAACAGGCUGUGAGCUCGGAGGUUUUGGGAGGGAAGAGGCACCCUGCUUCGUGUUUUCUUCAGACACUGAGAGGGGAUGGCACAGAACCAGGCAACACAUUUUAUGAUGAUCCAAAGAAGACUCCACGUGUUCCUUCCUAUCAGCAGAUCAAUUGUGUUGAUAGUAUCAUCAGAUAUCUAGAGAGCUGCAGUAUUCCAGCAUUGAAAAGGAAAUGUAAAUCUUCUGAAAAUACAUCAUCGUCAUCUUCAGAAGAUGACAAACAAGUCCAGCAAAGUCAGCAGGAAGUCAGGGCACUGGAAGAUACUGCUAUGCUGUCAGCAGUUGAGUCCCACACGCCAAUAUCUGCUGGUCUGGAAGAGACGCUGAAAGACCAGACAACUGCAGGCAUGGUGGGAGCUCCUCUGGCAGACCUGACCCUGUCCAACAAGGCUCCAAGUGUCAUAUCUGUCACCAGCCAGUGCAGCUACAGCAGCACUAUAGUGCAUGUCCCACACCCUGAAUCAGAAGUGACUACAAUGGAGGAUGCUGCUGUUGGAAGUGAGCAGAUUGAGCCGCCUCCUGUGAAUGCUCAGAGUCUCACAGUGCUGCCUGAGGACCUAAAGCCAGUUGGGCUAACAAAAGAGACCUUGUCAGCCCACACUCAAAAGGAGGAGCAGAACUAUGUUGACAAGUUCCGACAGAGGGUCUUGCUCUCUCCAUUUAGGACUUACCUUCAACAGGGAAGUGGAAGUAACAACAGACAUUCCUGUGGCCAAGGUGAUUCCCCUUCAAAGCAGAUGAGCCCAGCUAGCUGUAAAAAAGGAAAACAUGGAAAAUUCAAGCGCCAGAAACCUCAGAGACAGUGCUUAGAUAGCCACUCUUCUAGUAAAAAUAGAAUUAGUCUUCCAUGUGAGAAGAGAAGAAAUCAGAAACAGUUGUUCUCUCCCUCAGAAGUGUCCUAUCUGAGGUCCUCCAGUCUGAAUGUCCAUCCUCCUGUGGGAUUUCCUGCCUAUUCAAAUCCAGUGUCUACUUUUCCAACCUCUUCUGGAGGUUGCCAGAGAGAGCAGCUUGCCCUUCGCUCAUUACAACCUCAGUCCAUGUCCUCAUCACAGCUGUGCUGUGGAACACAGUCAUACCCAGUCUUUUAUCCCCCAAACAUAGGCACAUUUAUGGCUGUAUUUUUUCAGGGUUUCCCCAUGUAUGCUCAGAUGCCUCAACAUGUCUUUCUCCCUAGCCCUCAGUGCUUUUAUCCCCCCUCUUCAUAUCCAUGCACCACGCUACCUCCAGCACCCCCUCCUUGUGCUCCAUCACCAGUAGCACCACCCUCUGUGGAUCAGCCCUUUCCAGCCUCUCCUCACUCAUCUGUGGAGGACCAGCAAGAGGGCCAGUGUGACCAGGCCCUGCUGCUGAGCAGCUCACGGAGCAGCUCCCCACUUCAGCUGAAUUUGCUUCAAGAAGAGCUGCCAAAACCUAUGGAGCUUUCCAUUAGUGCUGAUGUUAAGCCACAUGCAGAAGAUAAACACGAUAAUGAUCCAGAAGAUAGUGGUAACAGUGCUGCUCUUGAAUUUCCUGACCGCUCGUUGUAUGAGGACUCUCAGUUGGGUUCAGGCUCAGCAGCAUCAGGCAGUGGAUCAGCUUUAUCUGCUUCUUUAGGCUCUAGCUUCAACGAGACUUCUGGUCAUGGCACAGCAGGUAGUGGGAAAAGCAGCAAGUAUUUUGCCAGUAAUUAUUCUUCUGAAGCUUCCAAAGAAGAGGAGAAUCAGGAAGCAGAAGAAAAAGGGACAGCUUAUAAAUCGAAACAUGAGUCAGCCUGGGUGAUGAUGGAUCACACACCUGAGAGAUUUCUAAUGAAUUACCAAAUGCCAAACAGAAUCAAAGAGGAAGUUCUAAAGCAGGAUCUGGAGAAGCUGGCAGUCAUGCAAAAGCAGCAGCCUUGGUUUACAGAUGGGCAGAAGAAGGAGCUUGCAGAGGUGCACUCGUGGAUCCGGACCCAGACUGUCCCCCUGCAAAUCAGCACCCAGGGCUGUGUUACGUGUGACAGCAGGGAAGCAAGUUGUGAGGCUGCAGUGGCUGAUGACAGCAUGGAGAACAAGGGAGAGCCACCUCCAGUCCUGCCACGCUGAGGACAUCAGCACCUGUGUCAGUGCAACUGCCUGGUGUCAUUGCCACCCUCUUCCCUCUGCCUGUGCUCCAUACCAGCAGCGAGUCUCCAUGGCCAUCUCUCACCAACACGAGCAGUCACACAUGCAAAUCCAUCUUCCUCCAUUGCCCCUCCACUCCUGGCAUGACUCUGAAGACAAUCUUUCAGUGGGAGGCUGUUUCACUUUCUGACCUCACAGACUUGGCACAGAAUGGGUUAUGUUUGUAACCUUUAACUGCUCAAUGAUGAGCAAAAUACAAAGAUUUUUUUUGGUUUGGGUGUUUGUUCUUCUGAAGUUGGCAAGUAAGUGUGAAAAGAUGCAUUGUUUAAGAACCUGUGGUGGUGAACCUACUGAUCAGAGCAUGUUUACUCUCCGAGUAAGGUGGAUGUAUUGAAACCAAGCUACAGUACUCUUCAUUUUUGUUCAGUAUUUAAAGGUCUAAACUAAAGAUCCAAAUAUUCUGAGGCUCUGAAAUUGCUGUAGCUGGUUUGAGAAUCCAGUAGGCUUUUUAAAGAGCAGCUGAAACUGGCUAGGUUAUUCGGCAUCAAAUGCCUUUUGCCAGCUUGUGCCCAUCGAAAAGAAGUAAACAGAAGUGAAAAAAAGCAAAUUAUUCCCUAUGUUUUUUGUGAUGUGUGUUUUGGAGUCAAGUUGUUUUACAGCUUUUGAUUUUAAAGCUGUUUAUCAAGACAGAUACAUAAAUUAAUUAAGGAAAACUGGUUUGCAAAUACACCAGAGAUGAAAUUACAUACAGCAAUUAAAAAUACCCAACCAACCCAAAAGUAUCAAUCCUCAGGCUCUGCUAUUUAAAAACAGAGCCAUGGAAAAUUUUCUCUGUCAAGGCUAGUAGUUUUAUCUUACCUUGGUAGUGCUUGGGAAGGUGAGUUUGUAUCUUAAUGUUUUCUUUGUUGAGUGGUUAGAGAAGUUGAAUCCAGACAUAACAAAUAGGAAAUUAUUUAAACAGUUUCUCUGAUUUGUUUUUGUUGUGGUGAUGCCAAAACCAAAAGGAAUUCAUUUCUUCUGCUUUCAAAACUCACAUGUUGUGGAGCUAAACUUAAGCAUCAAACCACAUGUUCAUUAUUUCUUAGCACUGUUGACUUCCUGCAUAAAAUUUAACCUCUUUAUUGUAAUGGAGUCUCUGGCUGUUGAAAUCCAUGGAUGAAAAAGGAGUUUGUAGUUCAGAACGUGGUAAUCACUUUCAGUAUGUAAAAGGACUUGUUCUCAUUAAUGUCUCAAAGUGCUCUUCAAACAGGACAUGCUUGGCUAAAAACCUGGUAAAUUUUGUCUGAUUUCCCCUCUGUUUAUCAAAAGCUGGAUGUAAUCUGAUUUUCCUUGUGAUGUUAUUAAUCACCUUAGCUUUCUCAGCAAAAUUUUAGAAUGUAACACGUUAUUUACCCUUUUGUUCUGUGCAAUCCUUUUGCUGCUGUGUGAAAUAUUUUUGUUUCUCUAGUUUCAGUUACUGGUAAGUUUCAAGUAAGAUACUGUGAUCUGCAGGUCAUUGAAGGUAAACUAUAUUUAUCUAAAGGUUUCUUUACUUGUAAAAGUCAAUCCAGUGACAAUCUUUCUUGUUAAAGUUUAUUUUAAGGAAAGUUAUUUUUACAGAUUUUUGAGUUUUCAAGGCUAAUUCGUCUCAGGCAGUGUUCUUUUUAUGGAUUUGAGGUUUUUUUCCCCCAGAGUUUUUGCCUGUUCUGUUUAUACCUGUUGGUUCCUAUUUAUUCUUAAGCUACGUUUCUUUGUCUUUCAGUUUUUUCAGCUUGAACUUGUUUUUUUUUUUUUCUUGUGUUGUAAAUAAGCAGAGGUCCACACAUCCUCAGUACUGCUUGUGUUCAAACUUCAAACACCUCUUAAAAUAAGAGACUUCAGUAGGUGUUUACAUGUAGCAGGUCAUGUAUUCAAGUAGGAAGAUGUGGGCAAUGUCUUACACCUUUCCUAGUCUUUUUACAGCAUUUUCCAAACAUGGUAUUCUGCUUUAUAAGCACACUGCCUAAAAUAUUUGCUCUAAAAUAUGUAAUCAGAUACUUUGUGUAAGGGUUAUUUCUUGGUUGGGAAGCUUCUUAAUUAACUUAUCUGUCAAAUUAGACUUACUCACUAGAAUCCAUUCUACUUAGCUGUGCUUAAAUUAAAAUGAUUGCUUCAAUGCAUUUUGAGAUUUAGUGAAAUAGAUUAAAUUGAAUAUUUCAGGUAAGGACAGCUGUCUCCAAAAUAGCUUGGAACCCUAAGCCAGAAAGAAAGUUAUGAUAACAGUAGACUCUUUUGUGUACAUUCUUUUUAUUUCCUGAGUUUGAAAGUUUUGUUUAUUUCCCAAGUAUGACAAUGAGCUGAUUUGCAAUGUCUUAGCAGGCAGACAUGUAAUUUCUUUUGUAAAACAGUGAGACUUAGUUCAGGAGAAUGGCAAUAUGUACCUAACACUUGAAUAAUGCUUUUGAUCCAGAGGUCCAUGAACAUGUCAAAAAGAUGACUAUUAUUAUCCCAGUUGUAUAAAAAGAGGCAAAGACACAAAGGUGCAUACCCACAGUUUAUUCCAAACUCAGGAGUAAAAUUUGGGAGUCUUCACUUGCUGUCUUUGCUACAAGUGAUCAAGAUUCUGCAUGUGGAAACCUGAUCAUGUUAGCUGUGUUUCUUGUUUGGAGAUGUUAACCCUUCUUGUACCCCCUACUGCUGUGAAUUUGUGCCCAGUAGAAUCAUUGAACAACAGCCCAGACAGUUUUUGAAUUGCUGUGAAUACCAUAGAGCCUCUGGCCAUAUAUAAUGAAAAUUCAUGUGCCUAGGAGUUUGAAUUCCAAGUUUGUAAUCCUGACUAAAUCUUAGGUGCAGCAUCCCUUCUCUGGGGCUACACAUUUCCUGGCUUAUGGAAAAAAUUGUGGUGUAGGAGAAUAAUGUAAGAGGAGUAAACAGAUGAAUCAGUGCCCUGUGUGAUGAUGAGACAAUUAUUUGCCCAAAAAUCAAACGGAUUUGGCUGCAAAAUCAGCAGGUUUUAUCCCCCUAGGAUAAAAAGCCCCAAACUUUCCCAAGGUACUCUUUACCCUGCUAGAACCACAACUUCAUCUUGCAAUGAAAUGCCUUAUCAAGCCUUUGACCUCAUUUCCAUAACUUUUCAGGAGCUGGCAGUUUUUACUUCAGCUUGUACUAAUCUUUCAGUCUCUGUAGUGUGCUGGAGUGAUCACAGCAAGAUGCAGUUCUGAUCAGAAAGGCCAAUGGAGUGAGUGUUGCAGCUGGAUUUGCACCUGCUGUUUUGUUUCUGUGGCUUUGUUUUGCCUGGCAAAAUGUUGCAGACAGUUUAGAGCUGCUUGGAAAAUCACUUAUUUAGUGGUCAGAGGGGAAACAUGCUAGUACAGCACUGAUGCAGUUACUACCCCCUGUGGGGGUGUCAGCAGUUUGGAAACCCUCAGAGGAUUUCGCUGGCAAAUUUUUUUUUUUUUUGUUGUUGUUGUUGUAUUCAUAAAUGUAGAAUUAUGUUUUUAAAAUAUGAAUUGUUGUGCAGAUACUUUCAUGGCAUUGCUAUGAACAGAAGGGACCCUCAUGUAUUUUUACAGUGUUGGUAAAUACUUGCUGAAUGAGUAAUGUAUUGGUAAGUUUAUCUUCCAGCUGAAUCGAGUUUUGAAUCACAAUUGAAUGAAUUUUUACAUCAGUUGGUAGGAGUAUUUUAUUGAAACAAUAUUCAGCUGUGGUUGAAUUUACAGUUGUGAUUUUAACUGUACACUUUAAAGGAGCAUCUGAUUUUAUAAAUAAAACUGAAAAAUAUGCU